UUUCCCUUCUCACCCAAAUCACUUCAUCUGAAACUCUCCGGGUCGCUUCGCUGUCUACCUCCUCCCCGUCCCCUCACCCGUUAUCGUCGUUGGGAUUCCACCUCCCUGCCAAUUUAAGAGGGCAAAAAGAAGAACGAAAAAGCGACAGAGGCCGUUCAUUUGGUCGACCUCUCCUCGAUAAAGAUAGUAGUUAAUAUCCAGCUGGUUCCAUACCUCAUUGUUGUUCGCCGUUUCUCGACAGAUCAGAAGCAGUACAUGCAUCCGACGGUCUGCGACGUCUCUGUCUUUUUGUACUCCACCGUCUCCUUCCACCUGCGGUUUGUCCGCUCGUUAAAAUGGCGGCGUCAGAACCCAAGGGCGAAGACCAGCGCUCUCAUACCUCGGAGCGCCUGUCUUCCUCCGCCUCCGAGAAUGGUGACCCGCCGCUGUGCAAGUCUAAGCUAGAUCCCGAAAGUCAGAUCCCCCAGGGUGCAAUCAAUUCCGAUUCCGAGUCCGGGGAUGUCGGCCGUCAGAUUGAGCUGGAGGCCGGUAACUCUAUCAAAUACCGGACCUGUAGCUGGCAAAAGACUGCAGCGCUGCUGUUUUCCGAAUAUAUCUGCCUCGCCAUGAUGUCGUUCCCGUGGUCGUAUUCCAUAUUGGGGUUGGUGCCGGGGCUGAUUUUGACCGUCUUUGUCGCGGGUGUGGUGCUCUACACGUCCCUGAUCAUCUGGCGAUUUUGCCUGCGUCACCCCGAUGUCCGUGACGUGUGUGACAUUGGGCAGUAUCUCUUCUGGGACUCGAAGAUCGCUUGGUAUUUCACCGCCAUUAUGUUCUUGCUGAACAAUACCUUCAUUCAGGCAUUGCACUGCUUGGUCGGCGCCGAGUGGUUCAAUACGGUCACUGGUCACGGAACCUGCACCAUCAUCUUUGCUCUGGUGACGGCCAUCAUCUCCCUGGUCUGUUCGCUGCCGCGGACGUUCAGCACCCUGUCCCAGAUCGCCACUUUCUCGGCAUUUUUCACCUUCAUUUCCGUGCUGCUGGCCAUGAUCUUCGCGGGCAUCGAGGGCAAGCCAGCCCGUUACAACGAUAAGGAUGGCCCUCCCGUCUUCUUGGCCUUUCCCGCCCCUGGGACGACCUUCGUUCAGGGUCUCAAUGCUUUUUUGAAUAUCAGCUACACCUUCAUCGGUCAAAUCACGCUCCCCAGUUUUAUUGCGGAGAUGAAGGAGCCCCGGGACUUCUGGAAGUCCGUCACGGCCGUCACCAUCGCGGAGAUCAUUCUUUUCAGCCUCGUCGGAUCCAUCGUCUAUGUGUACACCGGAAACCAGUACAUGACGACCCCCGCCUUCGGCUCUCUGGGCAAUGAGAUAUAUAAGAAAGUGUCCUUCUCCUUCAUGGUACCGACCCUCAUCUUUCUGGGUGUGCUGUAUGCCUCCGUGUCGGCCCGCUUCAUCUUUUUCCGCAUCUUCGAUGGCACCCGCCACAAGGGCAAUCAUACGGUAAUCGGAUGGGCCACCUGGACGGGGAUCCUGGCCGUCCUGUGGAUACUUGCCUUCGUCAUCGCCGAGGUGAUCCCUUUCUUCCCGGACCUGCUCUCCAUCAUGAGCUCCCUGUUCGAUUCAUUCUUCGGCUUCAUCUUCUGGGGCGUCGCUUACAUCCGUAUGAGACGAGCCGAUCACGGACCCGACUUUUACCGGAAGCGUGGCAUCCGCGGCUGGGUCGGUCUCAUUGUCAAUGUAUUUUUAAUUGGCGUUGGGUUUUUCUUCUUGGGUCCCGGAACCUACGCUUCCGUGAUGGCAGUGAUCCUGAACUACCGAGCAGGAACUGUCGGCGGCCCCUUCUCAUGUGCUGAUAAUGGUUUGUAAUGAUGCCCCUGACGAUGUGAUGUUAUUCUUUCUGUUCUGUCUGUCUUGUUAUCGUUUCUUAUCUUGCGUUCCAUUCUCCUUCCACGUUCGGGAUGGGUUGAUGGAGGUGUGGAUCGUCCACCGGACGGAGGCGCCCUGGAGAUUCUGUUCGCCUGUUCAAGAUCGUGUCCAAGAUACGACGAUCUGUGUGCGCGUUCUUUUCUAUGUAACCGGUGCUUUUUACCACAGCCCGCAACCCUCCUCCCCAACCCAGGUGGGGAGGGUCCCAUUGGAUACCAUAUACCCGUUGGUCCCCGCGAUGUAAGCUUUUACUUUCCAUGGUGAUGAAUACCACGAAAGGGCGAACACGCUUUGAGAGACCAAAACCAAUGCAACCGACCCAUCUGUCGACCACGCAUGCCAUGCUCUUGG